AUGGCCGAAAAGUCGUUUCAUCCACUUUCAUCACCACAAAAAACGCCAUCGUACAUGCAACUGAGAAAAACGCUCAGUCAAAACCGCCGAACCAACAUUAUCCGCGACAAUUUCACUAUCACCACAUGGCUUCUGGUCGGCGGGUUGAUCCAAGGCGUGGUUGUUGCUCUGUUGGGCUAUCUUUCUCUCCUCCCAGCCGUCGCAGUUCUUGCUUACCGGUUCGGUAACAAUCUUCUCAUGGCCUUGGGCUGGACAAAGAACCGCUACCUCUCAAAUGUACUUCUCACCAAAUUUACGGCCCAAAUGCCUCGCUCGGACGGAUCCUUUGGCUCGACCUUUGCCGAGCGACCCCUCGUCGUAUUCUUGAUAGGAGCGAAGUCCAGUCACCCCCUUGGAACCUUCGAUCCUGUGUUUUUAAAAUUGGCCGACUACUUCUCUAAAAUGGUACGGGAGCUCCGAGAGACUGCCGAGGAGUCCGGGUACCUAGGCUCCUCGGCCUGGAUCAGUACAGAGGACACAACAAGUAAUGAGCUUAUGAACGUGAUGUACUUCCGGGAUUUCGAGUCGCUGCACAAAUACGCCCACGGGCCGUUACACAUUAAGGGAGUGAAAUAUUGGUCGAGCGUCGUGAAUGACACUCCCCAUGUCUCUAUAUUUCAUGAGACAUAUGUCGUACCACAGGGCCGAUGGGAAAAUAUCUAUGUGAACAGCAGGCCGACGGGGCUAGGCGCUGCUUCUUUCCCGGUUCGUUCGGCCCAGGGCAAAACGGAGACGGAGUGGAUGAGCCCGAUUGUUGACGCACGGGCGGGAGCGCUACGGGGUAUGGAAGGGAGAAUACAGUCAGAUUACCUGGAAGGCUUUGAGGAGAAGAAAAGCAAGGUGUGGGACCAGACAUACAAUGUAAACUAUGGGAACGCCUAA